AGAAGUGAAAUCAGACAACCAAACUUAACCGACCAACCUGCCAAAGCUCCCUCCACCUCUCCAAGAGCAAUGCAGCUCCACUCCCCACCGCCGCCAGCACCACCAGCCACCACCGCAACCACUACCAGCCCUUUCCUCAAAGAACACACCAGAACCACCCUCUACAUUAUCAUAAUCACAUCCUUUUUCUCCCUCUUCUUCAUCGUCGUCCUCCCCUUCUACCCCACCAGGUCACACCUCCCCACCAGGGCCCGACCCGACCCAUUUCUAUUUCCGAACAGGCUUAGCUUGUCGUCGGAGAUCCCAUUCGAGCCCGCCCCUCCGUCCAUUGCCUAUCUCAUAUCCGGAUCCUCUGGAGAGGCGGGUCGGAUUCUCCGUCUUCUCUUCGCGACCUACCACCCUAAAAACCAUUACCUCCUCCACCUUGACCUCUCCGCUCCUCAAACGGAGCGUGACCUAUUGGCUAUAGCCGUCCAAUCUGUGCCAAUCUUUCGAGCGGCUCAAAAUGUUAAUGUUAUAGGGAAGGCAGAUUAUGCCUACCCAAGAGGCUCCACACCAAUCUCCGCCACCCUUCACGGUGCCUCAAUUCUUCUGCGUCUUUCAUCAAACUGGGAUUGGUUUAUCAAUCUAAGUGCUGGAGAUUACCCGCUUGUUACUCAAGAUGAUCUUCUUCACAUUUUGUCCUAUUUGCCGAAAGACAUCAACUUUGUGAACCACACCAGUUACAUUGGCUGGAAAGAGUCUAGGAGAUUGAAACCAAUAAUUGUUGAUACUGGUCUUCAUCUUUUGGGCAACCGUGAGAUAUACUAUGCUACACAAAAACGGGAUUUGCCUACUGCUUUCAGGUUGUUUUCAGGUUCAUCUUUUUCAAUUUUAAGUCGGAGUUUCAUAGAGUUCUGCAUCCUGGGUACAGAUAAUCUUCCUAGGACUCUGCUAAUGUAUUUUGCAAACAUGCCUUACUCCCUCCCAAAUUACUUCUCCACAGUUGUAUGCAAUUCUCAUCAGUUCAAGAGGACUGUCAUCAAUGAUAACCUGCAAUACAUUGCUUUCAACCAAUCCUUCAUGACUAAGCCUCACCAACUCAGCUCUGCAGAAUUUGAUGCCAUGAUUCUUGGUGGUGCUGCCUUUGCUUCAGCGUUUGCAUUUGAUGAUCCUGUACUUGACCGCAUUGACCGAGAGAUUCUGGAACGCAGUCCCGGAAAAGUUGUACCUGGUGGAUGGUGCUUGGGUGAGCCUGGAAACAGGACAUGUUCAGUUUGGGGUGAUGCUGAUAUUCUGAGACCUGGACCAGGAGCAAGAAGACUUGAAAAACAUAUUGUUGAAUUGCUCACAAAUGGUAGGUUUCAUUCUCGCCAAUGCAUGGUUGAAUGAUUUGAAUCUCCUGCCAUGAGAAAAUAAUGGAACUCAACUCAAACCUGGAGAGGUAAGAAAAAGCAAGCAAAUGUUGAGUUCCCCUCCCAUACAAAGCCUGUUUACUCGAGAGUUGAGAAGAGGUAACUCAUUUGUUAUUCAGAGCUUGUAGAGUUUUGUAGAAUCACUCAAUUUUUUACCACCACAUGAUUAUGUAGAGGUCAUUGCAAGUGAAAUAGGAUUUUUUUUACCACAGAGUUAUUCAUUAACACUUAACAGGACAGAUGCACUUCGCAUGUCCUUGCAUGAAGAAAUCCAGAUUGACAGUAUGGUGCAGGUCACCUGGCCAAAUAUUCCUGGAUAUUUUUUUCUUUUUUUUUUUUUAAUAUGUUAAUGUAUAAUAUGAUCAGAAUAUGGAUUGAGUACCAAAAAAUUAUAGGUUUUAUGUAUACCAUUUUUAUGAACAUGAACUCAUCAGUGGCAAAUAGCUAAGGACCUAAGUAGUAGUGGAAGAACUGGGAGCUUGAAGAUCAUAUUAUGUAUUUGCAAACUAAAUAUGUUUUAACGAACUUAUUAUGAGGUCCAUAGAACUAUUUUAUGCUGGAUUUAUGUAGGUCAAGUUUAAGUUCUUUUGAUUUCCAAAUAUGUACUAAUUGUACUGUUGAACAUAAAUCUGAGCUAUUCAU